AUGCUCAUAUCCGGUGAUAGUGCGUGGUUUCAUGGCUUUUCCCAUUUUGGAUACUCUAUUCUUCGUGCAUUUCCAGAUCCUCCUACACCAUUUUAUAGGGAUCCAUCUGAUAAAGAGUGGUUCUGGGAAAGCUUACUGAAUGAGAAUGCAGGGCCUGUGGUGGAAACAAGCAGCCAGAAUAUACUUAAUGAUGAACCUUCCGGGUUUUGCAUGCUAUGCGAAAUUCCUAGCCAAAGCUGUGAUGAUUUCAUCGAGCAUCUCAACAGUGCACAACACAUACACGAGACAACGAUCAACCUAGAGGUCCUUAGCUCCAAAACCAUCGACCUCAAAAUCAAUGAAGUCACUAGAGAUAUUGGACAGGGCUCACGUAAUGGUGAAGACGUGCAUAUUUCGAAAAAGACUGUUGAUGGAAAGACGACUCUCAACCUAGAGGCUUCUAGCUCCACGACCAUCGACCUCAAAAUAUACGAAGACCCUAUCAAAACAAAAACCAACAAAGACCCUUGUAAAAGAAUAAUCAACGAAGACUGGAGCCGUCGAAAUGUUCCAGCUGACCUUCAUCAUGGUAAGAUCAAUCAGAUUUAUGUAAAGACCUUGACAGGAAAGACCAUCACUUUAGUUGUCGAAUCCAGCGACACCAUCGAUAACGUCAAGGCCAAGAUCCAGGAUAAAGAAGGUAUUCCGCCGGACCAGCAGAGGCUGAUAUUCGCUGGCAAACAGCUUGAAGAUGGUCGUACGUUGUUUGAUUACAACAUCCAGAAGGAAUCGACCCUUCACUUGGUUUAA